AAAUUAAGCACGAAAUUAGUUUCUAUAUAGGCCUACAUUUUUCCAUUCUUGCAAUUUUAGGCUUAUAUUAAAUAAUUUUUAAAAAUCUUCUUCGGUUUCUCCGAUGACGCUGCUGAUCCGAUGAUGAAUUGAAAACCAAAAAGUUCAAAUUCAAAAGACUAAUAGUAAUACUAAUACUGAAAAUAAAAUAAAAAUCAGCCAACGAAUUACAGGAAAGAACCCCAGUGGGCCUUACUCUUCACUAGUUUACACUAGUUACUCACCACUAUUAAAUUGUGUAAGUGUAGAGUACUAAUACUCAACUUUGACUUUAAUCAGUUGAUAGUGUUAUAUAUUACUUUAACUUUAGUUUACUUUAAAAUUAAGUAAAGUAAAGUAGUAAAAAGUUGUAUUAUCAAUUAUAUCACUUUCUAUUGUAUUAUUAGUUACUAAAUUAGGCCACUAUAUUUGAGUUGAGUAGGCCUUAUUUGUCACAAACACUACUACUAGUAACUACUAUUACUAGAUUUAGACUACUACUACGGAUGAAACUAGUUAGUAGUUAGUACUAGUAUAAGUAAAAGUGCUAGACUCUAUAACUAUACUACAUUAUAGUAUAUCUAUAGGCCCUAAGUAAUUUAAAUACUUGGCAAAUUUAGAUAAUUGGUGCCAGUAGGGAUACAUGGUAAAAUUUAGGGUUCAGGUUAGUUAGGGAUACAUUUAGGGUUAAGGUUAGGUUAUCAUUAUUUAGCUGUUUAAGGAUUUAACAUUAACGAAUCACAGUGAUAGCAGCCAUUUCCGGCUUCUUGAUCAAAAUAAAAAAAAUGACAAUUUUGUACCCCCACUCCUUCGUGGGAUGCAUAACUUUUUAUAGACAAAGUCAAGAUAAUAACUCAAACAAUGAAAAAACUCUUUAAAUGAAUGUAGAUUGGGUAUCACGAAACCUUAUUUUGGUUGCUUAACUAAUAAAAAAGUAUUUAUGGGAUUUAUAUACUAACCGAGUCAUUAUAAUAAUACUGUCCGGAAUACACACAAAAAUCUAGUGGCAUAAAUCAAUAUAUCACCGGAACACAAAAACUGAUACGUCACUGAUGAGGAAAGCAUUAUUUAAUAAACAAAGGUUACGUAGUAUGCAAUUUUCCAAAGAUACUGUGUAGCCGUACGCCAUAUUGUAGAACACAUUUUUUCGACAUUUUAGGACAUGCGCAGAACGGUGCGUGAACAAUUAUUGUUAUCCCUAGUUUAGGGAUACAUUUAGUAUUUAGGGUUCAGGUUUGGUUUAGUGACAGUGAAUUAUAAAAGUUCACGGGUCGUGGCAACCAAAAUGGCAGCUGUGUGAUUACGUUGUGGCACCAAUUGUCUGCAUUUACAUUUACCAAAUACUUAAAUAGUAACACUAAAAGGGUGGAGGCUCAGUGGAGGGUGGUACACUAAAGUACAGUGACUGAGUCACUUAGUUAGUGAGAAAAGAGACUACAAUUAUAGUAUGAUUCAUUCAUUGUGAAUUUCUUAGAAUUUCUACAGUAAUUAAAAUUUCAACUUGAUUUCUUCUACCACAGAAAAUUUGACUAGAUCAUAUAUUAUUGUUUGACCAAGCUAAAAUCACAUUUAUGGGCUGUUAUUUUAGGGUUAUGUCUUAUUUUUUUCAUGUACAACAAUCUACAUAAUACUAGAUUUAUUUGUGUACCAAACUCUCUAUAUAUUCAUUUACUACAACAAUCAAGGCACUUCUUGUCAAAGUAUCCUGCUCGAAAGAAAGUGAAGUACAUAAGGCUUGCAACACAACUGUCAAUGAUUAUGUUUGGCAAUAAAUCUCGAGUUUUGAUUACAUACUGGUAGUUUCCGUCUGGGGCUUAUUUUUAGGAGAGAGCUUAUAGUACAAGUACAAGCAUUCUGAAAAAACAUGCUGACGAUAGUGAGCUAUUCUAAUCAUAAGAAGAUUACCGUCAUAGUGCAAGAAUAAACUAACAGGUAAUUUUGAAUUUAAACUUCUUCCAUUUAGGUAAUAGUCACUAAUGGUAGGUAAAAGAAAAACUUAAGUAAAUUGAAGUGGCUAUUCGGACCCGGGUCCGCAAAGUGAGAGGUUGGGAUUAAAAUUUAAAAUAAAAUAUUAUUGUUAGGUUGUAAGAUAAAGUUUGGUAUCAUAUGAAAGAUAAUUGAAUUGACUAUAUGCUUGUAAACUUACUUUUUCAGUUUAACUAAAAUAAACUACCACAAAUGACAUCCGAAUAGCUUGAGUCUAAUGGGACCCGGGUCCAAAAAGCAGCGAUGCGUUUCCGGUUCCAUUUUGAAUAAAUUCUAUUCGGAUGUCAUUUGUGGUAUUUUAUUUUAGUUAAGCUUAAGAAGUAAGUUUACAAACAUGUAGUCCAUUCAAUUAUCUUUCAUUUGAUACCAAAUUUUGUCUUACAAACCCUACAAUUAUUUUUAAAUAUUUUUUAAUAAAUCCAAAUUCUUAACGGGUCCGGAUAGCCGCAUCCUAAGUAAAUACCAGGGAACAAUAACAUUAAUUUAAAAGAAAUUUACAAGACUUUCUUAACAAGGGCUUUCAUAAAACAGUUCUAUGUAAUUUGAUAUGGUGUUCUAUUUCUCUUUACUGUAAUUAUUAUAUCGUUUUGUCUCACAGUUUCUAAAAUUUUGUUUAUAUUUUUCUAUAUCCAGAAAAUUCAACAAAGACAUCACAGAAAAUAUAAGAAGAUUAAUUCGUGCCAUGGAACUUGCUUGUAUUUCAAGAUACCCCAUCACAAUAAGGCAUUCUUUUCUGCAGUUAGUAAGAUGGAUACAUCUGAGCUCAAGACCCUGUUUUUUAGGCAAGCUGCAAUCAAAUCAUAAUGUAACAUCACCAAUGUACAACAAUGCUCUUUUAUCAAGCCAUCUUAUGGUCUGGCCACAUGAAAGUAGGUUUAGACAUCAUGUUGGGGUAAGGGAAAUGAAUACUUCUGCAGCAUUGCAAGCUAGUAAAUUUCUGAAAAAUCCAAAGACUUCCUUAGAAUCCAAACAAUUAGAACACAUACUGAUAAGGGAAAGCACAUUGAGAGACACCAGUGCUAGGCAGUACAGGGGCAUUUCCAAGAAACAUGGUUUCCCACUUAAUACUUCUUCAUGUGUCACCUUAUGUCCCCUCAUGGCUGUAAUUCCACAUCAUUUCUUCUCCAUGAAGAGGAAGAAUUACAUAUUCCCGGAACUAAAGGCGGAUGACUUGGAAGAGAUGUAUGUUCGGGGAAGUGGACCAGGGGGUCAGUCUGUCAAUCAAACAUCAAACUGUGUUGUCCUCAAACAUAAGCCAACAGGGAUUGUGGUAAAGGUUGGUAAUUUAUUCCUUUAUCAAAUGACAGAUUAAAAAAUGUAUAAAAUUGUAUAACUUGACCAGGUUAUGCUGGUCUGUUUUAUCAUAGUAAAUAUGCUAUUCAUUUCAUCAUAGAAAGUAUGUUGACAUAUGAAUUUUAAAAAUAAUAAAUUCACUCCUUUUUCUUUAGUUUUAAACUUGACCUUUCAAAAGUUUCUCUCCUUUGUGUAUACAUUUUAAGAAGUUUAUUAUUUAAAUCCAUAUUUUUAUAAACAAUUUUAAUUAAAUUUUAUUUUUUAUAUAAUGUUUUUUUUGUUGUUUUUUUUAAAGUAUCUGUCUUCAAAAGAUUUUACAACUUUUCUUGACAGUGUCAUGAAACUCGUUCUUUGGAAGAAAACAAAAAAAUAGCGAGAAGAAAACUGGAAGAAAAAAUUGACCUGCAUCUUCAGGGUGACAAAAGUUUUUUGAGUCAAGUGGAAGAAGAUUCUAGACAAAACAAACAGGAAAAGAAACGCAGGGCAAACAAACGCCUGGCCUUAAAAAGGGCUUUCAAGGAACAAGAGAAUUCUGAAUGAGUUAUUGCCUAAGUUUCUGUAUAAAAGAAUGAGAUUUUUAUUAGAGAUAAUAUUGUUAGUAUAACCUUUGAGGUUAAUCAUUUUAGGGCUUCGCAAAAAAAAAAAAAAAAAGGGCUAAACUGAAUGGAAAGCAAGUUCCUCAUAGCAAAAACUUGAAUACUUUUUUAUUGCCUAAGUUUCUGUAUAAAAGAAUGAGAUUUUUAUUAAAGAUAAAAUUGUUAGUAUAACCUUUGAGGUUAAUCAUUUUAGGGCUUCGCAAAAAAAAAAAAAAAAAGGGCUAAACUGAAUGGAAAGCAAGUUCCUCAUAGCAAAAACUUGAAUACUUUUGCUUUGUAUUAGAUAAAGCUGUCUACAUUUAUAAAAUUUUACAUUUCUGAAAAUUAAAUGUGAUUGAUUCAUUGUUUGAUAAUGCUGACACCAGUAGAUUGUUGGAUAAUACUGACACCAAUUGAUUGUUAGAUAAUACUGACACCAGUAGAUUGUUGGAUAAUACUGAUGCUAGUAGUUGUCUACCGUCAAAUUGUGUUCAUUAUAUUCUUGAUUUAAAUUGAUCUUUGAUUAAAUUUAUUGUGAACAAGAAAUCGA